GGUGUCCCUGUUCUGGAUUCUACAUCUCUCCAUCCCAAAUCUCAGUGAAGUGACGUCUUCAGCCCAUGGAAACUGAUCCUGAUCUUUAAAAUGAUGUUUACAAAACCUUGGAUGGUUGCACCAUUUCUGAUACUUGUGAUGAAUGUCUCCAGAGGACAUACCCUCACAUGUGGUCCAUCGGAGUAUCCGAUAGAUACGUAUUGCUGUCCUUUAUGUCCAGCUGGAAAUCGAGUUGUUAAAGAUUGCACAAAGUUCACAAGUACUUCCUGCGAGCCGUGCCUCAAUGAAACCUUCACGGAUCGUCCUGCUGGACUUAAACACUGUUUUCACUGUGCAAAGUGUUAUGCAGGUUCUGGUUUAAAAAUAAAGAGGCCAUGUACAGGAACAUCAAAUACAGCUUGUGAACCACUGGAGGGAUUCUACUGUUCAGACUCUACAGAGGACAGCUGUGUGGCAGCACACAAACACGCACACUGUCUACCAGGACAAUACAUCAGCAGAAAUGGAACAGCAUUGAGGGACACUGAGUGCUCUGACUGCAGUGAUGGAACAUUUUCAGAUGGGACAUUUUUUACUUGUCAGCCACACAAACAAUGUGAAUCCAUCAAUCUUCAGCUGAUAAAAGCAGGAAAUACUUCAAUAGAUGCUGAAUGUGGAGAAAAAAGUUCACUUAACAUCAGAGCUGUCAUCGGCGGAGUUGUUGCUGCUGUUGCUGUUGUUGUACUAUUAAUAGUGAUCGGAGCGAUUAUCUUUUUUAAGAAACACAGAAACCAGGAAGGAAGUCCAGACUCAGGAAAUAGGAAAGACCAAAACACCAAACAGAAUGAUGAUGAAAGUUUACCGAUGAAUUCAACAGAUGAACCCUCUGCAGAUCCCUGAAGGUCCCGAGUCACAAGCUUCUGGGCCUCAUUUAAUGCAGGCUAACUGGAACUCUGCUGCAGGCCUGAACACCUCAACAGGAGCAAAUGUGGCUUUUAACCCUUUAAGCCCUCCUCAAAUUUAGAACCCACUCGACACCUUUGUGGCAAAAAUGUACAAAGAUUUUCAUAAAUCUCUGAAACAACUUCAGACUUGUGAAACUACCAAAUAUUCAAUCAUUUCCAGGAUUUUAACCAUUUAUGUGCCAAUGUAUAUUUUUGAAUUAUUUCAUAAUUUCUUCAAAAACACACACA